AUGCAACAUGAAACAUUAGAGAGCGGUUCACCGCCCAUCAGCUACUUGAAGGAUUUGAAAAAUGGGAAUGAAGUUUUGAUAGUUGAAGGUGAUAUUGUCCAUCUGUACAGAACCAAAGAUUCAAGCUUUGAUACAAGCAGAGUUACGGAACUCAAAAACUCUGCACUCCACCUCUCUUUUAGGCUGGUGAAUCCAAAAUCGGACUUCUUUUUGGUUCUCGCGUUUGACCUCUCAAUUACAGUGUUUGACAUCCCAGGGUUCAAGAAAGUUGCAAAAAAACGACUUAAAAUCAACGAACAGGAUGUCGAUCCAAGGAAGACUCUCAGAUUUCUCGACAGUGACAGUGAGCAACUUUACUUCAGCUUAAGUGAGAAGCAAUUGGUUUCCAUCAAUAAGUCUGAUCUUCUGUCGGAAAGCCCAUUUGCUAAAUUUAUUUCAGUCCAUGAUACGCCUUAUAGAAUUGAAAAUGCCUUUUGUUUAAACCCAAAUAAAGGAUUCUUUUGUUUGGCAAAGAGAGACCUAAUACAAAACGUCCUCGCAUUUGAGGUGAUCCAUGCAAACACUUUUAGACAUAGAAACAACCAUUCGCGCUAUGAUAGAUUACUUCAAGAAUACACUGCCGCGAUGGAUUGUGGUUCUUCAGGUGAACUUGGUACAUUAGUCGAGAUGAUAACUUUGGAAGUGCCAAAAACGGUGGUGUUUUUGUUCUCCCGUGGUGUAAUAAUUUUUAAUAACAAAGUAUGUGUUUUCGAGAACAAAUACGAUGAAAACACCAGAGAAUCCUUAUGUCUCGAUGGUUUAAUCCCUGGAGCAAGCCUAUAUCAAGGAGAAGAGGGUUUGAGGUUGAGUAUCUUAAGCACAAAAGGCGAGACCAUCAGUACCACCAUAGACUUGCGUAAACCUAAAAGUCUUCAAUGGAAUAGUGUGACAUUGAAUAGUUUCCUCAAAAAACCACUUGACAGCAUGUUGUGCUAUAAAUGCCUGGGUCACGGUCAAAUCUUACUAAUUUCUAAGAGAGAAGGGAUGGUAUUUGCAGACUACCAAAAAGAGCGAAUACUCUAUAUUUCACGCUACAAGCGGCCAACGUAUCUUGAUGCUUUACCACUGGACUUUGGCUUUGCUCAGGUCACGACUGUUGUGGCAUGUGGUGGAUACAACUCUACGCUCGGGUUCGUUAGCUUUUUUCAAAAGUCGGUCUCUGCAAACACAUUCAAAGUUAUUGAAUUCAAACAUUUUGGUACUACUAGAGCAAUAAGGGACUUUUGGUUUACCACCAAAGGAAUAGUUUCAGCUAGCAGCAUCCGGGGUAGUGAUAAGUUCUUAUUGCAUGUUUCCUUUCAUAAUAAAACCUUAACAAGACCGUCUACAAGAUGCGCGCUACAGUUGAAAAAUGUGGGCGACGAGUACAUUAUACUCGACAAUGAGCUUGAUCUUUAUCUGGUUAAAGGAAAGACCACAUUCAAGCUAGCUUCAAUGGCCAAAUUUUCGUCUUGGAAUGUGUGUUAUAUGUCAGCAUUUCAAGGCAGUGGAAGCUCCUCAAGCUUAUUCAUUGCUAUAUCCGACGGCAAGGACGUGUAUAUGCUGGAAAAUGGUGUUAUCGUUGCAGAAUAUAGUUUCGAGGAUGCAAACAUCAAUGACAUAUGUUUAAAGGACUGUUCCUCGUCUAAGGGAACUGUUUUAAUUGUGACAAAUCGUGCAGGCUGCGUCACAAUCCUGAACUUUUCUUUCGAAACACAUUCAUUGAGCAUUUCCCUUCAAGUUUGCUUGGGAGAGAACAGAGCUUUCAGGCUUUGUGAUAUCAAAAUGGUUGAAUCUGGCACUACGGAACAUCAGGACUCGGCGUUUUUCGUCUACAGUUCAUCCAAGGUUUUUGUUUUCAAUUUAUCUCGCAGAUGCUUUUACAAAUGGAUUCCAAAAUUUGACAUCAAGCUCAUUAAAUACCAAGGCAACAGUAAGUAUGUUGUGCUUACUAUGGAUGACAGUUUUGUGACUUUAACUUACAGCGGCGCUCUUUCUGCAGAAUGGACAACAGAGGAGUUGGUUUCGAAAGAUUGGGUAUAUACAAAAAUGGUUCAGCUAAGAAAUCCUCGGUAUAUUUUGUUAGCAAGUCAAACUACAAACUUCAAAUCCAAAGUUAGCAUUUUUGACACAGAGUCUCUCAACACGAUCGAUGAGUACAUCUUGCCCGAUCAAGGCGUUAUUAAAGGUGUUAUUACGCUAGAGAAACCCUACGCUCAAGAAAUAUUGAUCUCGUUCGCAGGCUGCUCUCCAGAAUCAGACUGCUUGCUGGUCUUGUCGGCCUUGAGAAACAAGCUCUUCAAGAGCGGUACCUAUAAAACUAGAGGGGCUUCUGCGGCUCUGACUCAAAGGGGUGAGACGAUUGCAUGUUUGGGAACAACUGUUCUUUUGUUCAAACUUCAAAGGUGCCUAAAAAAACGCGUGUGGGACUUUAAACUUCUAAUGAGGCCAUUUGAAGGAAGCGGUCCCUGGUCGGUAGAUUGCGCGUUUGUUAGCGAGGAAAUUCUGUGCGUAUUAGAUAGAGCGAAAGGCAUAUGUUUCUUUGACUUAGCGACAAAAACGCCAAGUUUAAAAUGUUCGAUACAAAGCCUCGCGCCUGAUUUUGCCAAUGACAGGGGGCAUUUUGAUUUAUUGUUCUCAACUUUGAUAGAAGAUACAAAACAAUCAGAAUUUUACAAAAUUAAUGGCCCGCGGACCGCUAAAAUCAGACCUCUUCUGGAUCCCAUCGAAAAAACGGCUAGGCAGUUAUCGAUUGUCGUGGCUUGUGGUUCGCAGCUACUAGUAUAUCCCUGCCAUCCGCGCUACUUCAAAAAUUCCCAAAAUCAUUCAAAAUGUAAACUACCUUGCGCUAGCGGCCGCAUUCCUUUCGAGGAUGUAGUGAUGUCAACGAGACGGACAGAUGCAAAUCAAUUUCUAGUGUGCACUACUGGGAGGCUCUUAAUCACCUCACUGAAUACCUAA